GAUUACACGACUACAGUGUGAGUGCGUACACAUGUACAUAUGACCGACACAGAUGUGCGAUGUGUGCUUUGAGCACAGAACACCAACGCAAAAAGUUGUAGGCAAACACUUGCAAAGCGAAACGCAGGCAAAAAGAAAGAAGGCGAAGGCAACAAAAUCAAAGAACGAUCGAAUGUGACAGUCGACGAUAUUUAAAUAUUAGUUUGAUUGAAUUCUUUGAACAGCGAGUAAAUUUAUUAAAAUACAGCAGAGCACAACAAACCUCAUGCCAUGAGCGCCAACAAAUCAAGCGAGGAGACCACAACAACAACAACGACGACAGCGACAACGACAAAUUCAUCGACAAGUGGAGCCGCCAGCAGCGAGGCUGAUGCUGAAACGUCGGACGCCACCGCCGCUGUCGCAGCCGCUGCCGCCGUCGACUCGGCUGCAGUGGAGGCCGAGGAGCGGGCGGAACUGCAGCAGUUUAUAAGCGAGCUGCAGGAGAAGAUCGACAGCAAGCGGCAGCUGCGACAGCAGAAUGCCAACUUUGAGCUACCCGGCGAUACAUAUUUUGCCCGUCUCGAUUCCAGUUUAAAGAAGAAUACGGCGUUUGUGAAGAAACUAAAGCUAUUUACAACCACACAACUGGAGACACUGCUGCGCGAGCUGUCGGCUCUCAAUUUGAGUAAAUAUAUAUCGGAAAUAUGUGCGGCACUGGCCGAGGCCAAGUUGAAAAUGACGGAUGUGCCCGCUGUGGUGACGCUGGCCUCCAAGCUGCACUGCACCUAUGCGGACUUUGAUACACAGUUCCUGGAGGCAUGGCAGAAGGCACUCAAUAUCAAGGCAACCGAGAAGAUCAGCAAUCCGAGCAAACUGCGCGUCGAUCUUCGACUGUUUGCCGAGCUGGUCAGUUCGGGUGUCAUACAAAUGAAGCCGGGUCUGGCCCAACUGGGUAUGGUGUUGGUACAGUUGAUAGCCCAGGACAAGGAUGAUCACAGCAACUUCUCCAUAAUACUAUCGUUUUGCCGUCACUGCGGCGAGGAGUAUGCUGGCCUGGUGCCCCAGAAGAUGCAACAGUUGGCCACCAAAUACAACAUGGAGGUGCCCAAGUCGGAUUUCCUUAGUGCCGACAAGCAGCUUAAUCUCCGUACCAUGCUCAAAGGAUACUUCAAGGCCCUCUGUAAGCAUGUACUGACCGAGCAGGCGGCACUGAUGAACAUGACCAAGAUCAUACGGCGCACCAUGGAGUGCAAGGGCGAAAUAAGCCAGGAGAAGCGUGAAAAGUGUGAACUAAUGCAGGCAAGCUUUGACAUCCUGGCUCGCUCAAUCCGGCUGCAACCACUGCUGACCAAGAAUCGAUGUGAUAACAUGCUGGAUAGCGCCGCCUUUGGUACACUCGAUCCCUGGGGCGAUGAGGAGGCGCGUGCCUUCUACACCGACUUACCCGAUCUGCGACAGUUUUUGCCCAACUUUUCGGCUCCCAAAGUGGAUCUGGAGACGCUCGAAGAGCCAAGCGAACUGACCGAGGAGGCCAUCGAUGCCAACAUCGAUGCCGAAAUGGAUAUGGAUGAUCCGCCGUCGACUGCCAGCGAUACAACACUGGAAAAAGAACAGGAGGAGCAAGCAACAACGGGCACAUCCAAUGCAGACACAUCUGCGUCAUCAUUAGCGGCAUCCUGUGCUGUGCCCUGUGCCGAUAAGAAAAUGGGCAGUGCACUCAUGGAGCUGGGACGUCAGCAACAACAGCAACAGCAGCAACAACAGGAUCAACAACCGUUAAGCCAAACGGCCCAAUCGCAGAAUCAGCAACUGCGAAAGCAAUUUGACGUCUUCCUCCAGAAUCUGUUCAACUGCGUCAACAAGGAGCUCAUUGAUUCGGCGGCCAUUGAGUUUCUGCUCAAUUACAAUACGAAGCAUCAGAGGAAGAAGCUAACACGAACGAUAUUCAGUGUGCAGCGGACACGAUUGGACAUAUUGCCAUAUCUAUCGCGAUUUGUGGCCAUUGUGCAUAUGUGCAACACGGAUGUGGCCGCCGAUCUGUUGGAGCUACUGCGCAAGGAGUUCAAAUGGCACAUCCGCAAGAAGAACCAGCUAAACAUUGAGUCGAAGCUGAAGAUUGUCCGCUUCAUUGGAGAACUGGUCAAGUUUGGGUUAUUCAAGAAAUCCGAUGCAUUGGGCUGUCUGAAGAUGCUCCUUCGUGACUUUAUUCAUCAUCACAUUGAGAUGGCGUGUGCCUUUGUGGAAGUUAGCGGGGUCUAUCUAUACAAUUGCCGAGAUUCGCGUCUCCUCAUGAACGUCUUUCUCGACCAAAUGCUACGCAUGAAGACCGCAACCGCAAUGGAUUCCCGUCAUGCCGCGCAAAUUGAGAGCGUUUAUUAUCUGGUGAAGCCGCCGGAGUCGGCAAAGCGCGAAGUGACGCCCAGACCAGACAUGCACGAGUACAUCCGACACCUGAUCUUCGAGGAGCUGUGCAAGCAGAAUGUGGAGCGUUGCAUUAAAAUGCUGCGUCGAAUCAACUGGCAUGAUCCGGAAAUAAGUAGCUAUGCCAUCAAGUGUCUGAGCAAGGCGUAUCUUUUACGCUUUCCGCUCAUACGUUGCCUGGCGGAUCUCGUCUCCGGACUGAGCUCCUAUCAGCCGCGUGCCGUAACCAUUGUCAUUGACAAUGUGUUUGAGGACAUACGUGCCGGACUGGAGAUUCAUUCGCCCAAGAUGUCACAGCGUCGCAUUGCAAUGGCCAAAUAUCUGGGCGAGAUGUACAAUUAUAAGCUUGUCGAGUCCACACACAUACUUAACACACUCUACUCGAUAAUAUCACUGGGCGUUACCUUGGAUCAGAGCGUUGUGUCUCCGCUGGAUCCGCCAGAGAGUCUGUUUCGACUUAAACUCGCCUGCAUGUUGCUGGACACCUGCGGUCCAUACUUCACCAGCCAAGUUACCCGAAAGAAAUUGGAUUAUUUUCUAGUAUUCUUCCAGCACUAUUAUUGGUUCAAGAAGUCGCAUCCGGUGUUUAGCAAAUCGGAGAAUACUUCCGAUCUGUUCCCCAUACUCGUGGAUCACACCUAUCGCGACUGUCUAUCGGGUGUGCGGCCCAAGCUUAAACUGUACAAGAAUCUGGAGCAGGCCAAGGAGGCGAUCGAUCAGCUGCAGGAGCAACUGUAUCCACAGUUGAAGGCCAACAACAAUGCACAGGAUGCCAGUUUGGCUACCAUUAGCGAGAUUAGCGAACUGGACGAAGGCAUAACGGAUGACUCCGGCUCGUCGAAUGAUCAGCGUGAACGUCAGGCUGCUGGUGGCUCGGAAGCGGAUCAAAUGAACGAUUGGACCGAGUAUGAAGCGGAACCAGCGCCGCCACCGCCGCCGCCAGAGAAAUCCAAAGAGGAUCUCGAGUUUGAGCAAAUGUAUGAGAAAAUGACGAGUGACUCGUAUCAGGAACGGCUCAAGGAGCCGCCACUCAAAGCUACCAACAAGGAUAUUCCUGUGCCGAUGAUGGCGCGCCUACAGAAGAAGUCCUACGAUCAAAUAUUGAGCAAUAAUGCGCCACAGAUCUCGAAGGGUGGCGCCACCACCGCCUCCGCUGCCGCUGCCGCCAAUGCUACGGAUGUUGCCAACAGCACCACCUUGCCACCAACUGCCACUUGCAGCGAGACGCCAGCGGAGAGUGGCAAGGGCAACGGAAGCAGCAGCGGCAGCGGCGCUGUUCCCUUUGUUCUAAUGUUGAGGGGAAAUAAGGGAGGCAAACAGCAGUUCAAAUCAUUUGUCGCACCCUCGGACUCUCAACUGGCAAUCAAUCUGAAGCUACAGGAGCAGAAGACACGGGAGGAGAAGGAGAAAGUUAAGCGACUGACUCUGAACAUAACCGAACGCAUCGAGGAGGAGGACUAUCAAGAGUCGUUGCUACCCUUACAACAGCGAAACUUUACCCAGAGCUACUACCAGAAGCCCAACAAGCACAAGUUCAAACAUCAGAAAGGAGCACCCGAUGCCGAUUUGAUAUUCCACUAAAUCAAAAAUUACAGUCACCUACCGGGUUACAACGUUAACAUCAGAAGACGCCUAUCCCCAGACGCUCCCAGAUAUCUCAUACAUAUUAUGUAUGUCCAGAGCCAUAGACCGGCGUUCAAUCCAAAUGCCUUGAACUGCAUAGACAGAAAGAAAGACAGCCUAUGCAUAAUACGAGUAAUGCCCUAUGUCUGUACUGUAUAACAUUGUUAGCUGCCUAUAUAUUGUUGUGCUUGGAACGUACUUAAGUGAAAGUGUCCCUACCCAAGUUAAGCGUCUAAGGCGAUGUUUAUGGCGAUUAUGAUAUGUAUAGCUAUUAGCUAAUAUGUGUGUUAUCGAUAUAUCUAUGGAUAUGUACAUAAUGCUACAAAGAUUUUAUAAUUGUAUAGAUUAUGGCAGCAGCGCCCAGACUUGUUUAGAAAACACAUUUGGUUUUUUAUUCAAUAAAAGCAAAUGAUUUCCACAAUUCUUUAAA